CUGACUUGUGAUUCGAAAGGUUGGGGCUGUGGUACUGUACGAUUCUGUGCUAGGUGCUUGCCAGUUUAGGUGUUUCGUAAAUUGUUGAAAGGCCGCCGCCAUGACGUCGGCGCUGCUCAAAGACCGGGCGCAGAACGCCUUCCAGGAGCAGUGGCCCAACAUGGAGCCGGUGAUCCAGAGGCUGCUGCAGCAGGACCCCGUCUCAAAGACUGAUUGGCAGAACCUCUUCUGGUCGACACACACUGUCUGCCUGUGGGAUGAGAAGGGCGCGCCCAAGGUCUACAGAUACCUGCAGGAGGCGGUGCAGUCGUUCGUCAAGCUGGCCUACAGCCGGAUCCGGCAGCACGAGGGCGAGUACGAGACGCUGAAGGCGUACAUCGCCGAGUGGGAUCGCUUCUUCACACAGUGCGGCUACCUGCCGCUGCCGUUCGGCCCGCUGGAGCAGGCGCUGUCCGGCAAGAACGCCAACAGCAACAAGGCCAAGCAGCCGCAGGAGAGCAUCGUGCGCAAGCUGAUGCUGGAGACGUGGCACGAGGUCAUCUUCUCCAGCCUCAGGGAGCGGCUGCUGCAGGCCGCCAUGCACCUGGUGGACACGGAGCGGCGCGGCACGGCCAUCGAGGGCGCGCACCUGGUAGUAGGCGUGCGCGACUCGUUCGUCCACCUGUGCACGAACGCCGAGGACCGGCUCGAGUCGUACCGGCUCCACUUCGAGACGGUGUACAUCGAGUGUCUCACGCGCUACUACCAGUCGUACGCCGCCGAGUUCCUGGCCGGCAACGGCGUGCACGACUUCAUGCGCUACGCGGACAGCAAGCUGAAGGAGGAGGAGGAGCGCGGGCUGAAGUACCUCGAGACCAGCGGCGACUCGCUGAAAAAGAUCCACGACAAGUGCGUGCACCUGCUGGUGUCGCGCUACCGCGACUCGAUCCUGGCCGAGUGUCCGCGCAUGGUGCGCCACCACGACACGCACAAGCUGUCGCUGAUGUUCGGCCUGAUGGACAGUGCCUCGGACGGGCAGCCGGCCGGCGCCGCUGGCGUCGAGCCCAUGCUGCGCGUCGUCGAGGAGCACAUCAAGUCGGCCGGCCUCGAGGCCAUGCUGGCCAACGCCGACAGCAUCACACAGGACUGUGAGCGGUACGUGGAGCAGCUGCUGGAGCUGUUCCAGAAGUUCAGCUCCCUAGUGCGUGACGCCUUCCACAACGACCCGCGCUUCCUCACCUCCCGCGACAAGGCCUUCAAGGACCUGGUCAACGACACCCACGUCUUCAAGCUGGAGCUGCCGGUGCGAGGCCGCAGCGGCGGUCCGCUCAAGUCCACGCCCGAGUCGCGCUGUCCCGAGCUGCUGGCCAACUACUGCGACAUGCUGCUCCGCAAGACCACCUUCAGCAAGCGGCUCACCUCCGACGAGGUGGACGACAAGCUGCGCGCGGUGCUCUGCCUACUGAAGUACGUGCAGAACAAGGACGUGUUCAUGCGCUACCACAAGGGCCACCUGUCGCGCCGGCUGAUCCUGGACACGUCGGCCGACUCGGAGAAGGAGGAGAACAUGGUGGACUGGCUGCGCGGCAUCGGCAUGCCGGCUGACUACGUCAACAAGCUCUCCAGGAUGUUCCAGGACGUCAAGGUGUCGCAGGACCUCAACAACGAGUUCCACGAGUGCAGGCCGCACGUGGCCGACAACGUCAACAUCAAGAUCCUGAACGCCGGCGCGUGGUCGCGCGGCUGCGAGCGCGUGGCCGUGACGCUACCCACCGAGCUGGAGGACUACAUCCCGGAGCUGGAGGAGUUCUACAAGGCCAAGCACAGCGGCCGCAAGCUGCAGUGGCACCACCACAUGUCCAACGGCACCAUCACCUUCACUAGCCGGCUGGGCCGGUACGACGUGGACAUCACCACAUUCCAGAUGGCGGUGCUGUUCGCCUGGAACCAGAGGCCCGACGAGCGCAUCUCGCUGGAGAACCUGCGGCUAGCCACCGAGCUGCCGGACGCCGAGCUGCGGCGCACGCUCUGGACCCUGGUGGCCUGCAGCAAGCUGAAGCGGCAGCUGCUGUGCCACAGCCCAGAGGUGCAUUCGGCCAAGGACUUUGGCGAGGACUCGCUCUUCUGGGUCAACCAGGAGUUCGCCGUCGUCAAGAACGGCAAGCCGAUGCCGCGGGGCAAGGUCAAUGUCAUUGGCCGGCUCCAGCUGAGCACGGAGAAGUCGCGCGAGGAGGAGAACGACGGCAUCAUACAGCUGCGCAUCCUGCGUACCCAGGAGGCCAUCGUCAAGAUCAUGAAGAUGCGGAAGGCGACGACGAACGCGCAGCUACAGACCGAACUCAUCGAGAUCCUCAAGAACAUGUUUCUGCCGAGUAAAAAGAUGAUCAAGGAACAGAUCGAGUGGCUAAUCGAGAACAAGUACAUGCGCCGGGAUCCGGACGAUAUAAACAAGUUCAAGUACAUGGCCUAGGUGCGGUGCGGCGGGAGCGCGGAUAUGCCUGUGAUCAGGGUUGGCUGCCCACUCGCGGCCAGUGCGUCGGCGCCGGCGCCACCUUAAGUCUGCGCCGUGUCAAAUGCGGUUUUAUAGUGUGCGUUUGGUGCGGGCUUGUGUUCUCGGUGUGAUCGCGAUGAGAAUAAUGCGGGUGGUAUGAUUUUACCGCGGGGACGCAGCUGCAGAUGUGCCGGCAUCCGAGCGGACAUAUGUGCCACCCGGCGGUUCAGGAACGAUGCUGAGGUUCGCAAUCUGAUCGCCUGAUGGCGGGAGAAGCAUCUGCCGUUUUAGUUGGCAUUACUCUGGACGUCAUGCGCCUUAGUGAGCUCUUCUGGUUAUGACUCUCGGUGCGUAAUAAAAACCAGUCAUGA